AUGGCUCAGCUUCCGUCUGGAGCUGCCGGCGCCGCCGCCGGCGCGAUGGUAUACUCCUGCAUCAGCGAGAUCUGUAGUUUCCUCAUGCUGUGGUUGACCUGGUCACAUGGCGAACAGUUCACCUAUGUGGCAUGCGUUGCCUAUUUUACCCUGUUAAGCACGACUGCCUCGAUCAUCCAGCAAGUUCACGAUAUCAUAACAUGGCGAGACAUGCUGUGGGAUCAGUUCAACAACAAGAAAUUGAACCCAAAUAAUGCAGAACAGGCUAUUGCCAAUGGCUCGGUUGGUAUGGACCUAGUUCUGUACUACAUCCAGUACUACUGUUACAGUGUAGAAGCAAUGUUUGUUAUGUUUUGGGCCAUUGCACUCGCACAAUCAGUUUACAGGCUGAACGAACGCGGGAAACUCAGACGAAUGCUGAACAAAAUCAAUGCGGCCGGCAAGAUAAUUGCUGUCGUUUUCCCGCUUUGCACGAUUCUAUCACUGCGCAUACCCGCCUUGCAAAAACAGCUUGUUCCAUUUAUCCUCGUUGCAGACCUGCCGCUCAUGUUAAGUCUCGCUGUGGGGUCUAGUACAAUGCUGGUCAUACUCACGAGAUACGUCCAAUCACGAAGGAAGUUGACAUCGUUCAACGUCAGCUACGGAACCUCGAGUCAAUCAGGGUCAAGGAGUGCCGACACAACAGUCAAUUCUUCUAUGAACAAGUCACAGCCCACACGCAGUGUCUAUGACAGAUGGCUCAUGGGGCGCUUCACAAUAGCGUUUUUUGCACUCUCGAUCUUCGAAGUUACCAACACCUUGUUCCAACUAGCUUCCAUCAACAACAUUAAGAAAGAUGCGGCUUUGACCGAACCAGAUUUCAGCUUAGAACGCGCUAGGACGACCUUUGCGCUCUUUCUCCCAGGCGUGACACCGGGCAUCUUCCUCUUCAUCAUUUUUGGCACGACAAGAAAUUGCCGAACGUUGAUGUUGGAAACUUUUACUCUCCGAAGAUGGCGCAGGUUGAGGGAGGAGAAGAGGAACACUAUGGGGGCCUGCGCUGCCGGACGCAGAGACCUGAGGAAACCUCUUCCAUCUCUGCCCAAGGCUCAUUGGGCGGAUGAGGCACAGGGCGAGAGCAUCCAGAUGCGUGCUCCCAGAUCGGAAAAUGCCAGCGAGAGCAAUCUCAGCGAUGGAGGAUCCAUUCUGCCCAUUAUGAAGCCUGACAUGAAACAUCAUCCUAGGGAGGGUCAUAAAUCACCCUGGAGAUCGCCAGCUUUAUAG